AUGCCCUGGCCUGUCACAUCGCCUCGUCGUCGCUCCCGAGCUCCUUCCGCACCCGCCAGCACCCUCCAACCUCACACCCCACCUACCGGGCUCAGCCAUCACCACGCCGACUCUCGACAGCCAUCGCCUGUUGAUUCCUGCCACCGAGAUCCAGGCGACUGCGCAUUCACACGACACCACACGCCUUCGCGCCUUCGUAGAUUGAUUGCAUCGGCCUUCCCGCUCUUUGUUUUCGGCGCUCCCACACCCACAUCGGCUUUUCCGCAUCAUACCUCGCCGCUGCUCGCUGAUCGUAGCAGCUUCCGCCUUGCUCUGCCCACCGACACCCGCAUACAGCCUCACACCAUGACGACGACAAAGCAGGGCAGCGCCCAGAACGGUGCUCCACCCUCCUCCUCAUCCACCGACAGCGUGCCCCAGCGUAUCAUCGUCAAGUCGGUCAACGGCCACGAGCCCGUCAAGCUCGAGCCAACAUCCUCUACCAGCGCAUCCGCAUCUCGCUCCGCAUCUGCACACCUCGCCACCCCACUCUCUUCGCCAACAAAGUCCAACGGCACCUCCAGUCCAUCCAAGUCUCCCACCAAGGCCCGCCGGGUCCAGCCCAUCAUCGUCUCCUCGCGCGAAUUCGGUCCCAGCGCCGGCGGCGACAGCGACGACGACUCCAAAGACGGCGACUCCGAGCUCACCAAAGGCCCCUCGGUCAAGAGGCUCAGUCGCAAGAGCAAGUCCGAUGCCAUGUCGGCCAUCGCCGGCAAGGAGCUCGACGACCCUGCAUCCGCACCGACUGCCCAACAUGCUCCCGUCGCUCCGUCUGGCAAUCCGGCGCUGCAUCCAGCAAGAAAGCUUCUGCAACACCAAAGCUUCCCUCCCUUGGUCUUUGACACGAACCCAGCUCAACCAACAGCGUCCGGCUCGGUUCUGGAUCCUCAAAAGGUUGCCAUCCCCACCAGCAUCGCCACGCCACGCAGGCCUCCGCCCAGGCUGCGCCCGCGUCUCUUUGAGCUCGAAGAGGCUCCCAUCUUCUAUCCCACGCCCGAAGAGUUUGUCGAUCCCAUGAAGUACAUCGCUUGGGUCGCCUCGCCGCAGGGCGGCAACGCAAAAACCUACGGUAUCGCCAAGAUUGUGCCUCCCGAAGGCUGGAAUCCCGAGUGCGUGCUCGACGAGCAGUCCUUCCGCUUUCGCACCCGCGUCCAGCGUCUCAACUCCCUCAGCGCCGAUGCGCGCGCCUCGCAAAACUACCAGGAGCAGCUGCAAAAGUUCCACGCCCAGCAGGGUCGCAAGCGCGUCUCGGUCCCCGUCAUCGAUGGCCGAUCCGUCGACCUGUACCAACUCAAGCUCAUCGUCUCUGGCCUCGGCGGCUACGAUGCCGUCUGCCGCGCUCGAAAGUGGUCCGACGCCACCAAGCAGAUCGGCUACAAUGACAAGGAUUGCGCACAGCUCUCCACCCAGGUCAAGGCCGCAUAUACGCGCAUCAUCCUCCCCUUUGAAGAGUUCAUGACCAAGGCAAAGGAGCAGACCCGCGCCGGCGCAGCGUCAAUCAGCCCGAACCUCGCACAGAGUGCCACCAUGGGCAGUGUACCCUCUGGCGACACCAACGACGCCAGUCUCCACAACGUAUCCACGUCGCCCAGCGUCGAGGCGGCCGAUCGCAACGUCCAAUCACACACGCCCGAGCCGCUCGGCGCAGCUGGAGCCGCUGACUUGCUUGCUUCCGCCACAUCCGCAGUCGAUUCGGCCACUCAGAGCCCGUCGACCGUCGCAAGCACCCGACGCAGUGCUCGCAAACGCUCCGAGGCGACCAGCACUCCUGCCUCUGGCUCCCGCCAUCCUCUGCAGCUGGCAUCCAGCCCGGCCACGCCGCUCGCGUCUCGACGCAGGAAAGGAGUCAGCCCGUUGGUCGACACGGACCUGCACGCGCGCGCGGCAACGGGUCACCCCGGAGCUGAAGAGCAGAUGUGCGAGAUCUGCCUCCGAGGCGAGGAUGGUCCCAACAUGCUGCUGUGCGACGAGUGCAACCGCGGCUACCACAUGUACUGCCUGCAGCCUCCGCUCACCUCCAUCCCCAAGUCGCAGUGGUUCUGUCCACCGUGCCUCGUCGGCACCGGUCACGACUUUGGCUUCGACGACGGAGAGACCCACAGCCUCUACACCUUUUGGCAGCGGGCCGAAGCGUUCAAGCGCGAGUGGUGGUCCAAACGCCCCGAUCGCGUGUGGACGCCGGACGUAGCCGAUGCUCCGGAAGCCAACGUCGAGAGGCGCACCAACGGCUUGGCACGCCGCAUUCACGGCACCGACCUCACCGUGUCCGAGGACGACGUCGAGCGCGAGUUCUGGCGGCUCGUCCACAGCCAGAGCGAGGAGGUCGAGGUCGAGUACGGCGCCGACGUCCAUUCGACCACGCACGGAAGUGCGUUGCCGACGCAGGAGACACAUCCGCUCAGCCCGUACUCGCGCGACAAGUGGAACCUCAACAACCUGCCCAUCCUGCCGGGCUCGUUGCUCCAGUACAUCAAGUCCGACAUCUCGGGCAUGACCAUACCCUGGAUCUACGUCGGCAUGAUCUUCUCCACCUUCUGCUGGCACAACGAGGAUCACUACACCUACUCGAUCAACUACCAGCACUGGGGCGAGACCAAGACUUGGUACGGCGUGCCGGGCGAAGACGCCGACAAGCUCGAGAAUGCGAUGCGCAAGGCCGCUCCCGAUCUCUUCGAGACAUUACCCGACCUGCUCUUCCACCUCACCACCAUGAUGAGUCCUGAAAAGCUCAAGAAGGAGGGCGUGCGCGUCUACGCGUGCGACCAGCGCGCCAACGAGUUUGUCGUCACCUUUCCCAAGGCCUACCACAGCGGCUUCAACCAUGGCAUCAACCUCAACGAGGCCGUCAACUUUGCGCUUCCCGAUUGGAUCUCCGACGAUCUCGAAUCCGUUCGAAGGUACCAGCACUUCGGCAAGCCCGCUGUCUUCUCUCACGACCAGCUGCUCAUCACCGUGUCACAGCAGAGUCAGAGCAUCGAGACCUCCGUAUGGCUCGAAGCGCCCAUGCAGGAGAUGGUCGAUCGCGAGAUUGCCAAGCGCAAUGCAUUGCGGGAGAUCAUCCCCGAUCUCAAGGAAGAGGUCUACGACGAGGACGUGCCCGAGAGCCAGUACAUCUGUGCCCACUGCACCCUGUUCUGCUACCUUGGCCAGCUCACAAGCCCCAAGGCAGACGGCGUCGCAUGCCUCGACCACGGUUUCGAGGUGUGCAAUGCCGACGCUCCGGUCAAGUGGACUCUGAAGCUGAGAUUCUCCGACGACCAGCUGCGCUCGAUCCUCGCCAAAGUGUCCGAGCGCGCUGCCAUUCCUCGCAACUGGAUCCAGCGGCUCAAGAAAACCCUGUCUCUCGGCCCGAACCCGCCGCUGAGGACACUGAGAACGCUGCUGCACGAGGGCGAGAAGAUCGCCUUCUCCCUCGAGCCUCUCGAGGAUCUCAAGGCCUUUGUGACGUGCGCCAACUCGUGGGUGGAUCGAGCCAAUGUCUUCCUUGUCCGAAAGCUGCACAAGAGGAGGGGAGAACCGACGCAGGCGCCAGCUGCCCGAGGCAGACGUUCCAAAGGCGGGGCCUCUGGCGACGACAGCGCUCGACGGGUCAGCAUCGAUGCCUCCGCCGAGGACCCUGACUCGGUCGCCGACCGGAGCCCAGAAGCGCUCUACGCGCUGCUCAAUGAGCUGGACAGCCUUCACUUUGAUGCGCCCGAGAUCGCCUCUCUCCGCGCUCUUGUCCAGGAGCUUGAGGAGUUUGUUGGGCGCAGCAACGAGAUUCUACGUCAGCGCAAAGAGUGCGAGCCCAAUCUCAAGGACUGCGAGAGCGUCCUUACCCUCGGCAGCUCCCUCAACGUCGAUGCGCCUCAGAUCAAGGAGCUUUCGGACUAUGUCGAGCGGCGCAAGUGGGUCCAAGAGGUGUCCGAGUCGCGCGAUGCCUACCUCUACUACCACGAGGUGGAAGGUCUGCUGGAACGCGCCGACAGCUGCGGUCUCGCGGACCAUGAGCUGCGCAAGGAGCUCGAGCAACGACGCGAGGCUGGAGCCCGCUGGACUGGGCGUGCCCGCGAAGCUCUCGAGGGCGAUGCGGCGCUCACGAUCGGAGUGCUGGAAGAGCUGUCAGAGGCGUCGGCCGAAAUCCCGGUCGUGCUCGAGGUUGCACAGGACGUCAGCAAUGCUCUGACCAAGGCCAAAGAGCUGCAGAAGACCAUGCAGACGCUCCACAAGAGUCUGCAAGCCGGCACGCCAACUCCCGCCGCCGUGGAUGCAGACGGCGACCUCUCCAUGGUCUCGAUCUCGGAGAAUAGCGAUGCGGCCAAUCGACUCGCCCUGCUUCCCGAUGCUCGUCGCGCCGUCCGGGCGGUGAGAUCGAACAAACUCGAAGUCGAGCACGCACAAGAGAUCGAAAAGGCCAUCCAGAUCCACGAUUCAUGGAGAGUCGCAUUCAACCAGAUCAUGCAGACAGUGGCGGCCAGCCACCGCCGCUUCACGGAUGCCGACAGGGAUGCCGAGCUGGACAGGAUGGUGGAGCGCGUCGAGAACACCACCGAUCCGUCCGACGACCAGCCGCGGGCUGAAUCGCGAGCUUGCGUCUGCAGAAGCUCGGCGCCGGUUGCCGUACCCUCGUCGUCGGCUGCAGAAUGCUCCCGCUGUCACGUGCGCUACCACCUGUCGUGCAUCAAGGUGCGCGCAUCUGAAGUGUCGCGUGCUGACGGCGGCUGGACUUGCCCAUUCUGUCCGUGGACGGGCAAUGCUGCGUUCCUGAAAACUCGCAGGGCGGUCAGCGUCACCGAGCUGUCCAAGCUCGUCUACGAACAAGACCAUCGCCGCGACCAGUUCCAGUUCUUGCCGCUCGAGUGGGACGCGAUCGAAGAGGUCGUGGCCAAGGCCAAGCGUUUCGAGUUUGCCGCGAAGCGGAUGAUCAAGACGCUUUCACUCAUGCGCAGAGAUCAGAAACAGGCGAUUCUUGCGCAUUGGCUGCGCCGAUCCAUCGGCUGUCCUGUGGAUGUGCUUGGCCCCGAAAAGAUCAACAUGCUCGAUCUCAUCAGCGAGACGCUGCUCGCACUCGGCCCUGAUCCCGCAGACGAGAGGCCUGCACCAUCGGCACCCGCACGUCCCAAGCUGGAGACGCCAACGCGCUCAGAAGAUCGCAACGAGCCCGAGGCUCAGCACGGCUCAUCAUCGCGUCCUGGCGGCCGUGGGGCGACCGACUCGGCGUCGCCCGCGGUGCGCGAGGACCGCAAGCGCAAGGCGAAGCGAGGCAAGCGCGCCAAGCUCGUCUUCCGCGAGGAGAUCGGAUUAGGUGCGUACCGCGACCGCCAGCCGAUCUACUGCCUGUGCCACGAGCCAGAGAGCGGCCGCAUGAUCGCAUGUGACAAGUGCAUGCUCUGGUUCCACACGCAAUGUGUCCGGCUCGACGAUCCGCCCAAUCUGGGCGACGAGCCCUGGAUCUGCCCUAUGUGCUGCAUCAAGGCGGAGCGCAAGUAUCCGCAGGCCGAGGUGCGCGUUAAGGAGAUGGGCGUCACAGAUCCCGAUCUCUGGCUCGACAUCCGCGCCACGCUGCGCUCGCUCGAGAAGCCGGUCAGCAAGCUCCAGUCGUGGAGCAGCCGCGAGGACAAGCGCAUCGUCUUGCACCUGGAAAAGUUCACCCCCGCCAUCCAUGCCGAGGAGGUGCAUUCGCAGGGGACCAAGCGCGCCCGGCUCGAAUCGGACACGCCCAGCAAGGCGCGUCCCUCGGUCGGCCGGUCGGACUCGAUCUCGACGCCAGCAAAGGACAGCGGGUCGCUUCCGUACGCACCCGCGCCGGUGCCGAGCGAAGCGGCCCGUGGAAUCGCCCCAGCGCCGGUGCCGGCGGCAGCGAGUCAGGUGCAGCUUCCGCCAGCGGACGGGCCCGUGCCAAAAGUGGUUGGCGGCGACGAGUCGCUCGGUCCCGUCUCGCCGUUGCAGACCGAGCCAAAGACUGUUCCGUCGCCGGCUCCAGGCGGCUUCGACUGGGCCCAGUCGGCACGCCGACGACAUGCAGAGGGGAUGGACAAUCUGUACCGCCGCGGCAUUACGGAUGCGAUGCUCAUGCGCUUCUACGUUGGCUGGAAUGGACGCGUGCUCGUGCAUCCCAUGCUCGAUGCGACGGGCGCCGUGGUCGAAGUGCAGCUCGGCGAGGCCAUUCGACUGCAUGCCGAUGAUCCCGAGGGUGUUCGCGUGAUCCGGGCCGCCAUCGAGAGGCACAAUGCGCGCAUGGAGCGCAGCGCCGCGGCUGCACCGGGCGUCAUGCGGGCGUAUGGUCCGACGGAUGACCACGCGGCGCCACGAAUGCCGUACGCGCGCGAGGAGAUGCUUCCGCCGCCGCAGCGACAUGAGGUGCCCAUGCUGCCGUCCCAUAGUCGGUACAGCGGCGGCUCGCCCGGCUCGGUGCCGUCGCAUGUCGCAGGUGAUCGCGACGGGCGCUACAUCGAGCCCGAGCUGCGCGCGAUGCGGUCGCCUGCGGCUGGCGUGGCAGCGACCUCGCCUGCGAUACGCUCGAACGUGACGCACGAGCCCGCGCACUCGUAUGUGCGCGGCUCUGCUACGCCGCUCGUCGGUAGCAAUGGCGUCGCGUCGGUGUCGAGCUCGUAUGCGGCUGCGCCACGCCAUGCCUCGCACAGUGCGUAUUCGUCCGAGCGCGACUACCGCGCGCCGUACCCGGCUCCGUCGCAUGCGGAACCAGAGGGAGCCAGGACGCCCGCACUUAUGCCGACGUAUGCGGCCGUCAAGCCCGAGCAGCUCACGCCCGGCGUCGGCUACGGCGCACUCGACCCGGCCAUGAUGGCUGACGACGCAAGCCGCGCUGAGGCAGGCAGUGAAGGCGUACCAGCUAAGCGAGCCUCGCCCGCGCAAACGCCGCCAGUGGCUCAAGCACGCGCUGUGCCCGCUGCGGACGAGCAAGCGGCCCAGGACGGCAAGGUGGCAGAGCCGGGUGCGGCGGAUAAGCGUCAAGCGCCCGUGCCUGCCGAGCCCAAGAAGGAGAAUGGUGCCGCCGAGGACCUCGAGACGGUGCGCGAGCAGGCGAGGAACAUGGCUAGGCGCAUGCGGCCCGAUGCGUCGGACGCCGAGAUUGAGCGUCUGGUGCAGAACUUUAUCGGCGGCGCCGACGGAGCCGGUGCAUAA